AUGUCUCACAAUGUCACCCCCUGCGUGAUCUUCCCAACUCUUCUUCUACUCCUCCUCCUCUUCUUUCUCUACUCGUCUCCUGUGAAUCAAUCUGUGUCCACGUUCUUUAGCCCUCUCCGAAACACCGGCCGUGGCCCUAAGCAAGUGCAGAAGAAGAUUAGUAGCUUGCGGAGAGUAGAAAGGGAUUUAGCUAGAGCACGAGCGGCGAUUCGUGACGCGGUUCGUGCCCGGAACUAUACGUCGGACAAAGAGGAGACAUUCAUCCCCCGGGGAGCCAUCUACCGGAAUGCUUAUGCUUUUCACCAGAGUCAUAUUGAGAUGGUGAAGAGAUUCAAGAUAUGGAACUAUAGGGAAGGAGAGCUGCCCAUGGUGCAUAUAGGGCCAGUGAACAACAUAUACAGCAUCGAGGGCCAUUUCAUCGACGAGCUGGAGAGUGGGCUCAGCCCCUUCUUGGCCCGCCAUCCCGACCAGGCGCACGCCUUCUUCUUGCCAAUAAGCAUCGCCGGGAUCAUAACCUUCCUCUACAGGCCCCUCGUCUCCUACGACCGGGACCCACUCAUUCACACCUUCACUGAUUACGUCGAUGUGGUGGCUCGUAAAUACCCUUUCUGGAACAGAAGCCUCGGCGCCGACCAUUUCAUGGUCUCUUGCCAUGACUGGGCACCAGAUGUCACGCGAGAAGACCCAGACAAGUUCAAGAACUUCAUGAGAGUGCUUUGCAAUGCAAACACAUCAGAGGGAUUCAACCCCACAAGAGAUGCCUCGCUCCCUGAGUUCAACUUGCAUCCUUUCAAGAUCACCAUACCCCAUCUCGGGCUGCGGCCGAGCAGGCGCGACAUCUUCGCCUUCUUCUCCGGCGGCCCUCACGGGGAUAUCAGGAAGAUCCUGCUUCACCAUUGGAAGGACAAGGACAGCGAAGUCCAAGUCCACGAGUACCUCCCGAAGGGCCAAAACUACAUGCAAACUAUGGGCCGGAGCAAGUUCUGCCUUUGCCCGAGCGGCUACGAGGUCGCGAGCCCUAGGCUGGUCGAGGCGAUCCACUCGGGGUGCGUCCCCGUGAUCCUAUCGGCCUACUACCCGCUGCCAUUCAGCGACGUCCUAGAUUGGAGCAAGUUCUCAAUAACGGUACCCGUCGAGAAGAUCCCGGAGCUAAAGGCAAUACUGAAGCGGGUAUCGGAACGCAGGUACUUGAAGCUGCAGAGGAGAGUGGUCCAAGUCCGGCAGCAUUUCGAGGUGAACCGGCCGGCCAAACCCUUCGAUGUGCUUCACAUGGUGCUGCAUUCAGUUUGGCUUAGGAGGCUGAACGUUGGCUUGGCAGGGUAG